AUGGAUCGUAACGGCAAACAAAUAAAAAGUAGCGGUGAUUCGCAUCCCUCAACUGAUAGCAGUACAUUCACUGUGAAGACGGAACGAGUUAUUUUGCAAGAGGUCAAACGAGUCAACAUGGCUGGAGUUGGAAAUUUGGAACCAUUUGAUUUAAAUCAUCCAAAUAAAUGGGCAACGUAUAUGGCGCGUUUCGAUUUGUUCCUUCUGGCCAAUGAUGUACAAGAGGAAGGUCGUCAAAACGCAGCAUUCCUCACAUUGGCCGGAGCGCCACUCUACGACCUCUUGGCAUCAUUGGCGUCACCAAAGCAGGUUAGUAAUCUGAAUCUUCCCAAUAUAAAAACCAUUCUAACCAACCAUUUUUCACCACGUCCGUCCGAAAUUACGGCCUAUUAUCAUUUUCACAAACGUGAUCAAUAUCCGGACGAGUCUGUCAGUAAUUACAUACAUCGCAGCAUUGCGCACAUUGGCAGUGGACUGCAACUUCGGUACGGCGCUCGACCGCAUGCUUCGCGACCGUUUUGGGUGUGGCAUGAAGGACGAAGGACUGCAGAAAAGCUUACUGGCGGAAAAGGCGAACAAAAAUCGCCGUCAACAGAAACCAGCAGCUGUCAUGCAAUGGUUGUGGUGGAUCACACCCUCGUAAGCAGUGUCCAUAUCGUGAAUCACUUUGCAGCGCAUGCGGAGUCAAGGGGCAUCUGCAGCGAGCCUGCCGCAGCGCGUCAAAUGUCAAUUCAUACAGAGCGUCUUCAUCCAACUGAACAACAAAUGCUCGUUCAGCGAUUACCAAAGCAACCACAUCCCAGUCAAGGGGAUCAUCCAUGUGUCAAUUUGCCGCUAAUCAUCCCAAACAGUGGUGGCUCUAAUCGUGUUGGUUGUAACUGGUUCGAUGCACUGGGCAUACGUAUAGAAGGAGUUUUUGCCGUCAACAGUGGUCACAGCAUCAAAGCCAUUCUGAAGAAAUACGAUCAUUUGUUCUCAACAGAUCUUGGUCACUACACAGGACCACCAGUGACUUUACAAAUCGAUUCGGCGGUGCCGCCCGUGAGACUGCCUCCACGCCGUAUACCCUUCGCCAUUAAGGGCUUCGUGGAAGAGGAAAUCGGUCGCUUAUGUUGUCAAGGUAUUUUGGAGCCUGUGGAAUACUCCGAUUGGGCAACGCCAAUAGUGCCCGUGGUAGAAAAAGAUGGUUCCAUCCGUAUAUGCGGUGACUACCAAUCAACGCUGAAUAAGGCAAUUAAGCCACACUGUCAUCAAAUUCCAGCUGUUAGCACGCUUUUGGCUUCGAUUGAAGGUGGAUCGAUUUAUGCAAAAAUUGAUUUGGCACAGGCAUACCAACAACUCGUGGUUGAUGAGCGUUCGUCACUCCUGCAAACCGUAUCAACACAUAAAGGCGCUUUCAAGGUAACCAGGCUGCAGUUUGGCAUCUCAUCACCACCCGGUAUAUUCCAAAGCUGCAUCGAAAACGUUUUGCAAAACAUUCCUGGCGUCUUGCCGUACUUUGAUGGCAUCGUGGUCAUGGGUAAAUCGGAAGAUGAGCUCGCAAACAGACUGGAACAAAUAUUUGUACGUUUCGACAAGGCCGGACUACGUUUGCGCAAGGACAAGUGCCAAUUAAGUGUGCCAUCUAUCGAAUUUUUGGGGUUUAAACUGGACAAUCUCGGUAUACGACCCUCACCUGACAAGAUCAAGGCCAUUCAUGAAGCACCAUCGCCAAUUGCAUUCUAUUCAAGGACGCUGUCGAAGGCAGAACGAAAUUACGCACAGAUAGAUAGGGAAGCAGUCGCCCUCGUCUCUGGAGUGAAGAAAUUCCACAACUACAGGCGCGUACAACUUCAAUUUGGUACACCGCGCUGGUCUUAG